AUGGAUCGGCUCGACCGGAGUUAUACCACGGCCUCACAGAAAACCGGCGUGAAACAACCACAACGUUGUGUUUCGCCGUGCCCGAGCGUACGGCGCGUAGCGUUCCGCGCGCGCCUCAAAGAGCCAUUCGAUCACCACAGACGGGCCCCUAAAGGGCUAAUGUUCAGCCGGGGUUGCGGGGUAAGCGCAAUGAGGUACCGCGACCUCGGCACAGAGCAGGAGAAGGAACAGGGGGUACAUAUAACACCUACGAAUAACAAGGUCCACAUCUUCAGAUACGCAGUGAAGCACUUCGCACCGUCAUCAACCCGCAACAUGUUCGCGGGCGGUCCUUGGAAGACCACAGUCAGACUGCCUGUGUCGCCGGUUACUCCAGAAUAUGAGUUCGUAAAGGCGGCCUCCUCCGCGCCCGUGGUGCACACUGACGGUGGUACAGGUGCGAUCCACACAAUACCAGCACCAAAUCUCAGCCUGUCAGAGAAGCCAAUUGUGGUCAUAGAAUCGUCCGACAAUCCUGUUUCGGAACUGCCCCGACCGACUUAUGAAGUCACAGAAAAGUACCCAGAGAAUGAAUAUGGUGUGGCGAAAAUAGAAUCACCUGUAGGGUUUUCCAAAUCUACAUCCUUCACCACUCCAGAACUGCAGACGUUGAUAAGAAACGGAGCGGCAUUACAAUUAGCAUCUGAGUUUUCCUUGCCAGCUAUUAGCAUUAAUCAACACCAACCUCUACACCAUCAGUAUCCAUUGCAGGGGUCUCACUCACUGCCCACGCCACAAGACGUGAUAAAUACCGGAGCGGACGGUUUAUUCAUACCACCACACGCCUUGUAUCAAAAUGAUCCAUUGUUCUUACAAAAACUUCAAAGCCAACUGCUCCAGCGUUUCCCGUCAGUGGAAUUUAUACCAUACGCGGCUGAAGCACCAAAACAAGCUCUGCAGCCAGAGGCUUCUCAGAUUCACACUCAAGUGGUGCAUCCUCAAAUGAUCCAGCCCCAACUAGUUCAUACGCAAAUAAUUCAUCCACAAGAACUUCAUCCCCAAAUGAUUCUGCUGAAAAAUGAACAACUGGACAAACCAUUACCACAACACAGUGAACCUAAGACCGUGGUUCAGAGAGAGACACAGGAAAACACAGUUGUUACUUUUUUGCCACAACCGUUUUCUGUUGCCAAUACAACAGAAAAGCAAGCGGAGAGUACUUCGCCCCCCGAGCCAGAGAAUAUCACAUUGGAACUUGUAGCCUCGGAAACCCAACCACCAACGACUACAGUAAAAUACAUCAUUGAGACAAACACUGAAGAACAAAACACGACUCCCAUCUACUACGCACAAGUGGGACAAAGUGUGGGUAGUGUCAUAGCUAAUGGCUUUUACUCGGCCAUUAACGACGUGAGAGCUGCAGCAGCUUUAGCUCAAGUUGACCAAUCGCCAGUGUAUAAGCCUACCGAGAAUGUUACUACUAUUACUACCACUACCAUCGCCCCCGAUUUAAAACCGUAUUUUGUCAAAAACGAUGACAAGUCUGAGAAUAAAACACAGAGUGCUGAACUCAAACCACUGCUGGGAGUCCCAUUUACAAAAUCAACAGAUUCUGUUAAAGUAGCUUAUACUUUAGUGAGAGCGGAAGAUAAUCAACCUAAAGUGAAUCCAGAAGGGGCUGUGUACGCAGGACAAAUCGUAGAAGCCACGAUAACUGAGGACCAAGAUUUUAAUAAAGAAAAAGCCAGUUUGAUAUCUCGGAGAGCACCUAUAAGACUAUUAGCUGUAGACACUAAAAAUAUAGCAAGUUCGGCUAAUACUUUACCACGUGUUGCUGUGGUUAAAGCAAAGAUACCACCAAAGAGCAAGUUAACAUUUGAUGACAAGACCGGAGAGCCUAUCUUAAGAAUAUAUGCCAGUUAUGUAGACAACCCUAAACAGAAAGACGCUGUAGUAUCGAAAUUAACAAAUCUAAAGCAAGCAAAAGAUGCUGCAUCGAGGAAAGAAGCUGUGGACAAUUGGAAGGCGGCGACCGUGAAAUCAGCCGAUACUACGCAAGGAGUAGACAGUAACCACGUAACACAGUUUGGACUUAAGCUAAGAGAAAGAAAUGAUUACUACGAACCAUUUUUCGAAGACUAUGAAGAGUUGUGA